CCCGGCCGCGCCCCCGCAGCCCCAUGGAGCGGCCCCGCUGCUUACGCUGAAGGCAUCCCCGACCCGCCCGCAGCGGCAGCCGGCGGAGGGAAGAGGUCCGUGGAAUUGAUGAGGAGCUACUGGGUGUUGGGAGCUGCCUGGAACACAAUGUCCUACCCCGCUCCUGGCCUUGGGAAGUUGUGAGCUGCUCAUGUCCAUAAGGAGGAAGGAUGGCUCAUGGAAUUCCUUCACAAGGCAAAGUUACCAUAACGGUGGAUGAAUACAGCUCCAACCCGACGCAGGCUUUUACGCACUACAACAUCAACCAGAGCAGGUUCCAGCCUCCGCAUGUGCAUAUGGUCGACCCUAUCCCAUAUGACACUCCGAAACCAGCCGGCCACACGCGAUUUGUCUGCGUCUCAGACACGCACUCCAGAACAGAUGGCAUCCAGAUGCCUUAUGGGGACAUCCUUCUCCACACGGGCGAUUUCACCGAGCUGGGACUGCCCUCCGAGGUUAAGAAGUUUAAUGACUGGUUAGGAAACCUACCAUAUGAAUAUAAAAUAGUGAUUGCUGGGAAUCAUGAACUGACAUUUGAUAAGGAAUUCAUGGCAGACCUUGUUAAACAAGAUUACUACCGCUUUCCCUCUGUGUCCAAAUUGAAACCAGAGGACUUUGACAAUGUUCAGUCACUCCUGACCAAUAGUAUUUACUUACAAGAUUCAGAGGUAACAGUUAAAGGAUUCCGAAUAUACGGUGCCCCGUGGACACCAUGGUUUAAUGGAUGGGGCUUUAACCUACCUAGAGGUCAGUCUUUGCUAGACAAGUGGAACCUUAUUCCCGAGGGAAUUGAUAUACUAAUGACACAUGGACCUCCCCUUGGUUUUCGAGACUGGGUUCCAAAGGAGCUGCAGAGAGUGGGUUGUGUGGAGCUGUUGAACACAGUGCAGAGGCGAGUGAGGCCCAAACUCCAUGUCUUCGGUGGGAUUCAUGAAGGUUAUGGCAUUAUGACAGACGGUUACACAACCUACAUCAAUGCUUCAACGUGUACAGUCAGCUUCCAGCCAACCAACCCUCCAAUUAUAUUUGACCUUCCAACCCCUCAAGGAUCAUGAAGCACUACUGCACAUUUGGAACUGGGGAAGGUCCAUAAACUGCCAUUUUCUAACUCUCAAAACCUAACAUUCUCUUUCAAAAU